AUGAACACAUCGCCUGCACAGAGCACCCUUGAUCUUGAUAAAAAUAAAAGAAAAAUCAAGAGACACACCGAGGAGAAGUCCGAGAGUGAGUCUGCAGAAGAGAAUGAAGCAGGUUUCACACCAUACUUCGAAGAAAAUGAGAGCUGCCGUCUAGACAACAUGGAUGAUCUUUGCGCCCCCGAUGAGAACAAUAACAGAUCCUACAUAGUUGUUGAAACACUUUCCCGCUCAGAGUACUUCAAAGUGCUUUAUCUACAGCUAGCUGAAACACUGCAGAAGCCCAGAGUAAUAUACAGCGCGCUGUCUUUUUUCCUUGCGGGCAUACUAUACCUUUUUCGCGUAAUCACACUGCGCUCUUUCCAGCUCUCUGCCUAUCUCGGGACCGAGGAGCGAGAGUACAAGAAGGUUAUUCUAUGGGUCCAGCUGUUUGAUGGGUUUAUGACACUUGCAGGCCUGUUUUUUAUUUUUAUUCUGUACAAAAGAAGAAUUUUACACAGAACCAUAUAUGUAUGCAUAUGUGUAAGCCAUUUAAUUUUUUUAUUGCUAGCUCUCAUAAUUAUACGGCUUGAUCAGCAUUACUUGUUCACAAUAAACUCGUGCAUGCUAUCCACUGUAGAUAGUUUACUAGUGGCUAUGAUCCUGACUUUCUGCUUUCGCAUCAACAGGUCAAACAAAAUACAGGCAAUAUACGUUGCGUCUGUGUGUUUUAUGGGAUACUUCUUCUUGCUUAUGUACCAGAUGGAAGACCUCUUUGGCCUGGCAGCUGAUGCCUCACCAACAAAUCUGGCAUCUAUUAAGAAGCUUGCAGUGCAGAUCACUCGGAACAGUGAAGAAGCCGGAUAUUUUAGCGCAUCCAACACAAUGAAGAGCUUCAACGGGGUAGAAAUAGGCGUUUAUAUAGACAAAGUAAAAGACUACCUUGCUAGGUGCAAUAGCCUUAAGAUAUCCACUGUGUUUUUAGCAGUGCUGUUUUGGCAUUGCUAUAAGAUGGCGCUGCAGACAAAGAAAAAAGAGACGUUUAGAACACAAAAGAAAGAGCACAUGCGCGAAAUGCACAUGCUUCAGUGUGCAGGAGUGUUUAUCUUCCUGCAAAUUCUCAUUGCUGCAGCGUGGUCUACAGUCUACAAUAUAUCGCUGAUGCAUCUAGUAGGCUCAAUAAGCACCCAGCACAAUUGA